UGGCUUUGCUCAAGCUGUCUUUUCUUUUCUUUCUCAGGUCAGUGUGCCGAUGCACCCGGUUCGCCCAACAUGGCAACCAACAGGCGGCCCGCCAUCAUCUCAUGGGUUACCUACUGCUGUGCCAAGUCCUCUCGACAGGGCGGCUGCCUUGCUCUGCAGGAACAGGCCUUGACGGCAGACUUUAGGCCACUGACAAAGCAGCGCGCCAAGGUCCCGUGCAACAAGCGUCGAGAUGGAAUCGAGUUUUGCGGAAUUCGUCGUCGGCAGGAUGGGACGCAACACAGCAUCGACAACUCACACGCAUCAUUGAUGACAAGGAACGGGCGCGGUUGGCCAUUGGAAACCGGCUGGCCACCGUGCCACCCACGCGCUUGCCAGUGCCACCCCCAUCCCACCCCAAUGGCGCAAGAACAGGGCCAGGGGCUGCCCAUCCCGGGUGCGCCCUAGCAUGGUGGACACGCUUGCGCGGAUCCCUCUUGGGGAAAUCAGCUCCUUUUUUUCUUUUUCUGCUUCCACCUCCACCCGCGCCCGCCUGCGCCAGCCCCUGCAAUAAUUUCUAAUGCCUGAUUGCAGGGGGUCAAGCUUGACCUUCGUGUUGUGGCCUAGCGUUCAGCUUGGCGGUAUGCCAUCCCGGGCCCGGCCAGGUCGGCGAGCCAGAACGAGAACCCACACCACGCCUCCAGGGGGGUCGUGUCCGGACUCUUUACCCGGCCGCGGGCCUCAUUUAUGAAGUGGAAGAUCGCGCCUUUUGGACCUCACCUGUCCGCCCCUCCGUCUGGACCCUCCUCAAGGUCUGCACUGCAACCUUCCUGCCGCUUGGCUCCGCGUCACGGCACCGACUUUCGUUAAGACCUCUAGACCAUUCUUUUAAUCCAGUCACUCUUUUACUGGUCUGUUCCCACACUCUUUUCAUAGGGCACUGUCGCCAUCGCGGUCCCUGCCGCUCGCUCGAUACCCGACUGUCUUCUUCCGUGACCCGGCAGAAGCAGACCCGGAAGAUUAAUAGGCUCGUGGGAUUCACUUCCUGAACCGAGCCGUAGCUGCGCAAGAGGGCCCAGCCUCGCGAAAUCGAUCAUCGCGAGCUUGUCCAAGCAGACCCGUCUCCAACCGCACCGGAGAUCACCAGCCCGCCACCAUGGCGGCGCGGGGCUUUCUCCGAGUGCUGGGCGCCAUGUCCAUGGUGCUCAGCCUCGGUAGCUGCCUCGCAUCUACUGACACCAUCACAUGGGGUGGUGACAACUCGAGGGCCGGAUACCAGCCGAACAAGAACAUGGAUCCCGCGGUUGUCGCAAGCAGCGACUUCGGCCAGAUCUUCCAGAUCAAGCUUCCUGGCAAUUACGGCGGAGAGCGGGAGGAGUUCUUCUCAAUGCCCCUUGUCUACACCCCCGGCAACGACGAGAACGGACGGCAGUUUCUGUACCUGGCCACGACCCAGAACAACGUGUACAAGCUCGACGCCAAGACGGGUGAGAUUCUCGCGAGGACGAACCUGGGCAUUCCGUUCCUUUCGAGGGACCUGAACACGACCGGUCUCGGAUUCUGCUACGACAUUAGUCCUCAUGUUGGUAUCAUCGGUACUGGUGUCAUCGACCCUGCCACCGACACCUUGUACAUCGCGGCCAAGACCUACUCGGACCAGUCCCGGCUGUACGAGCCUCAGGGUCGCCCCAGCGGCCGGUACAACAUCCACGCUCUCGAUGUCAACACGCUGGAGUCGCGGCCAAACUUUCCCAUCAACUUCGAGGGUCAGGAUGCGCGCAACAACGUCGGCCGCCCCUUCAACGGCGGCAUGCACAACCAGCGGCCCGGAAUGCUGCAUCCGGCAGGGAGUCAGUUCGUUUACGUUGCCUUUGGCUCCCACUGCGUGCUCUACAACUUCACCGGCCGCAUCAUCGGGUUCGACAAGACAUCUGGAAAGCUCGUGGAGCACUUUGCGACGCUGGGUCAAGAUGUGCGCAGCCCAACUAAGGGUGCUGGCAUUUGGAUGUCUGGCGGUGGCCUGGCUUCUGACGACAAGGGCUCAAUGUUCUACGCCACCGGCAACGGCUAUGCCUCACAGCUUCACGACAUCCCCGUCAGUGGCCGCAGCCCGCCUACCGCGCUCGAUGAGGCUGUGGUCCACCACACCAUUUUGGAGGAUGGCAAGCUCAAUGUGGUCGACUUUUUCAUGCCCGAGGAGAAGGAGGAGCUCGACGGCGCCGACAACGAUCUUGGUACGAGCCCCUUCGAGCUUCUUCCCUCGCAGUUUUCUUGCGGGAGCGUCCGCCGUAUCGGUGUCGUCACCGGCAAGACGGGCUGGACCUACUUCCUGAACCUGGAUGACCUUGGUGGUUACCGCACCAAGACUCCCUUCCCCCAGCCCAAAGGCUCGCGCGACCGGAUUCUCGGCAAGAUCCUGCAGCUGAACUCGGUCUACGCUGGUGCUGGUGUUUACCCCGGCGAGGGCGGCUACAUCUACAUCCCUGUCAUCAAUAACCCCACCACCGUCAUCAAGUUCACCUGCUCCAACGGGGUCCCCUCGUUCGCCAAGGUUGGCGAGACUCCCGAGAGGAACGGUGGUAUCCUCGGUAUCAGCCACGGCACUGUCACCUCGCUCAACGGGCAGCCCGGAACGGGUCUGCUCUGGACUACUGACGUGCGAAGCGACUUCCCCUCGGGCGCGUCCAUCAAGGUCCACGAGGCCAUCCCCGGACCGGACGGCAAGCUGAAGCUCAUCAAGGGUUUCAAGCUCAACGACAUCAAGAAGUUCACCCGCGCUGUCCUUGGCAACGGUAUCCUGUACGUCCCCAGCCAGGGUACCAUCACUGCCUAUGGUGCCCCAACUAGCUCGCCGCUCAACUGCACGGGUGCGGGGUCUUUUGGCAAGAUCGAUGUCGGCGUUGAGGCUCCCGAGAAGACCAUCACCUGUGAGGCCAAGAUUGCCACCACUGUCAACAGCGCAACCCUCAGCUCCACCGAGUACUCUGUCGUCGGUGUGCCGCAGCUCCCUGCCACCGUGGCGGCCGGCGACAAGUUCACCUUCAAGGUUCACUACAAGGCAACCAAGGUUGGAGACUCGACCGGCACCGUUGUGCUUGGCACUACCAACAGCGCCGGCGGUUAUAGCAAGACCACGUCAGUCCGUGUGAGCGGCACCGCUGAAAGCUCAGGUCCGCUGCUGUUCGUUCAGCCCAGCAAUAUCAUCUUCUCUCAGGUUCCGCUCGGCGCUGGACCUACGUCUCAGAGCGUCAUCAUUUCCAACCUGGGCAAGGCUGCUCUUGCUAUCCAGAGCACGCAGUUCUCGCUUGUUGGACCCCAGGGCCCCUUCGUCGAUCCAACCACCACGCCGGGCCAGACUGGCAGCAACGACACUGCGGGGACUGCUGGCACCAGCAAGAUCGGCCACUUUACCUUUUCAAACCUCCCGUCGACAUCGAUGGACCCGGAGUCGCAGCAGGCCGUGUCGGUCAUCUUUGACCCCACUGAAAUCGGAAACUUCACUGCCUACUGCGUCAUGACCACCAGCGGCGGAAACGCCGUCAUCAGUGUCACUGCUAGCACCGGCGCCGCGCCCGUCGCUGUCCUGGAGUGGGAGAAGGCCGACGGAUCCGGCUGGGUCACCUGGGACAAGACCUCAUCUCUUACGUUUGGCAAUGUUCUGCAGAACACGGAGAAGGGCCUGAAGCUGCGUCUCCGCAACGGCGCGCCUCCUGGCUCUCUUCCGUUGCGCAUCACCAUCUCGAAGCCUCCGUUUGGUGUCGGUGGAAUCAUUUCGACCAGGACCGCGUCGGAGCUGGGUGAAGGUAUCAGCCUCGACCCUGGAGAGGUCUCCGAGGCCAACAUGUUCUGCGCCCCGCCCAAGGCGCAGUGGAACACCGACUCUUACACUGGUAAGGUCGCCUGGACUUUCAACUUUAACGACCUCUCGCUCGGAAAAGUGGAUGUCCCCUUCGACUGCAAGGCCAUUGCCCAGCAGGGUGGACCGCUCAACUCCGACAGCCAAGGCGUCUAUCGCUAUAUUGGCUGCUUCCGUGAGAACAAUCCCAGCCGCCAGCUCGCCCAGCAGCUUGGUGCCGACAACGCCAUGACUUCCAAUAUGUGCCUGCAGCUCUGCGCUACCAAGAACUACGCCUACUGCGGUAUCCAGUACCACCGCGAGUGCUGGGGUGGUCCCACCAUUCCCAAGCUGAAAGUGCUCGAGGGCAACUGCAACUUUGACUGCUCUGGCGACAUUGGCCAGAUGUGUGGCGGCAACGGAGUGAACGACGGCGCCGGCAACGCUCAUCUGUCCAUGUGGGCGACCAACACGACCAUCCCGCCAAACCCUCCUGCGAACCCGUCGACUACCACCAGCGCAGUCUCGUCGCCAACCAACACGCCUGUCAACCCGGGUGGUCCGUACAUCAACUCUGGUGUCAACGGAUACAAGUACAUUGGCUGCUAUUCCGAGACACCCGGCGGUCGCUCUCUAUCCAGCGGCAAUACCGGCGACGUGCGCACGGUUGCCGGAUGUGUCUCCACCUGCAAGGCCAAAGGGUUCAAGUACAUCGCUCUCCAGUACUUCGGCGAGUGUUGGUGCGGAAACAACGAGUUUACGCAGUCCCCUGGCGUCGGCCUCGUCGCAGACAGUCAGUGCAACAGCCUCUGCCGUGACAACCAGACCGAGUACUGCGGUGCUGGGGCUCGGAACCAGGUCUACCAGCUGGAGACCACCCUUCCCAUCUCCAACUCCUCUAGCACCAGUGCUUCCAGCACAUCUAGCAGCUCUACCGCAUCUUCUGCAACGACCUCGACCAGCUCGUCGUCUACAGCCUUGUCGACGACCAGCACGGACACGACCUCGUCGCUGAGUGCUGUCACCACCGACCUGUCAAGCACCACCACUGGCUCCUCCACCUCAUCGACCAGCGCCACCCCAACCUCGUCCUCCAGCAUUUCGACCGACAGCUCGACGAGCAACACUUUAACCAGCACGGCGGCCUCUACCGCCACCGACUCCUCGACCAGCACCUCUAGCAGCACUGGUGCCUCCACCAGCACAAGUGCUAGCGCUAGCUCGACCAGUGACGUGUCGUCGACCAGCUCCACGUCCACUACUGACGUCUCGUCGAGCACUACUUCCACCAGCACUAGCUCUACCGCUAGCGAUUCGACCGCAAGCACCACGACUAGCGCUACCUCGUCCUCUUCCAGCACAUCUGACGCCACCACCUCGACUUCGUCGACGAGCUCCUCGGCUUCGUCGACGGCAACCUCGAGCUCAACAUCUUCAAGCUCUACAUCGAGCUCAAGCUCAGCAUCAAGCACAAGUUUAGCAUCGACUACUUCAUCAACGAGCCCCUCGGUCACCUCGGGCUCGACAACCUCGAGCUCAACAUCGAGCACAAGUUCAACAUCGACUGCUUCGUCGACGAGCGCCUCGACAACCUCUAGCUCCAUUUCCUCCAGCUCUACAUCGAGCACAAGCUCAACUUCGACCACCUCGUCGGCUACCCCCAGCAGCACCGUCACCCCGCCGCUCUACCCUGGCAACUCCAACUUCAGCUACUACGGGUGCGUGUCGGAGCCGUCCUCGGGCCGCCUGUUCGCCAAGCAGAUUGCCAACCUUGCCGACAUGACGCAAGACAAGUGCCUCCAGGCCUGCUGGAUGUUCAAGUUCGCCGGUAUCGAGUACGGCCGCGAGUGCUGGUGUGGCGACGUGGUCAACUUCAAGGGCAACGGCGGCGGCACCCCUGGAGCAAACGUCAGCGAGUCUCAGUGCUCGUUCAACUGCCCCGGCGAUGCGACGGGCAAGACAAAGUGCGGCGCCGGCGUGCGCAUGAACCUCUUCUACCGAGACCCGGCCAAGGCCACCCCUGGCAAGAGGUCUGCUCCGCUGGUUUGAGGGUUUAAAAGCGUGCAUGGCAUUGAUGGGGGAAUAAUAGUAUCUUUUAUUUUCGGGUUCUUUCACAGCAACGAUUAGAUGGACUCCAGGGUCCAACAUAGGAGGGUGUUAUAUGAGGCGUGGCUUCUUACAUGAUGGUUUCUUUUCGUUACGUUGUAAUUCCUUCUGUAUUGGUACAGCCUUAUGAGCAUUGUCGAGGAUUCGACACAUACAAUUACACCACUGUGUAUACAUUAACUUUGUUUGAUCCGGUUGGAGAAGCCCAUAGAAUCGAAACUCUCGUGAUGGUGGUGGUGGUGGUGAUGGUGCUUGAAUAUACAAGGCAUUCGGUACAUUCACAGGACGUAGCAUUCACGAUGACAAGGGGUAAGAUUUGAAUACAUGG